AUGACCAUCCCCGAGACCCAAUGGGCGCAAAUCAUCGAACAUAAAGGCGAACGACCCGUGUACAAGCAAAUCCCCGUCGCAAAGCCGGGCGCAGAUGAAGUCCUCGUGAAGAUGCGAUACACCGGCGUGUGUCACACCGAUCUCCACGCCAUGAACGGCGACUGGCCCCUCACCGUGAAGGAUCACCUAGUCGGCGGCCACGAAGGCGCCGGCGUUGUUGUCGCAAAGGGCUCUCUCGUGCAGGACAUUGAAAUCGGCGACCACGCAGGCAUCAAAUGGCUCAACGGCUCCUGUCUCGCAUGCGAGUUCUGCGAGUCCUCCGACGAGCCUUUGUGUCCCCAUGCCCAGCUGUCUGGAUACACCGUUGACGGCACGUUCCAGCAGUACGCGAUUGGUAAGGCGGCGCACGUGUCGAAGCUGCCCAAGGAUGUGCCGCUUGAUGCUAUUGCGCCUAUUCUCUGUGCUGGUAUUACUGUCUACAAGGGUCUCAAGGAGUCCGGUGCGCGCCCUGGUCAGACGGUUGCUAUUGUUGGUGCUGGUGGUGGUCUUGGUUCGCUUGCGCAGCAGUAUGCUAAGGCUAUGGGCUUGCGCGUUCUUGCUAUUGACGGUGGCGAGGAGAAGGAGAAGAUGUGCAAGGAGCUUGGCGCAGAGGCAUACAUCGACUUCACCAAGUCUACCGAUGUCAUUGCAGAUGUCAAGGCUGCUACUCCUGGCGGCCUAGGCGCCCACGCUGUGCUCUUGCUCGCUGUCUCCGAGAAGCCUUUCCAGCAGGCUGUCGAGUACGUUCGCGCUCGUGGUACUAUUGUUGCCAUUGGCCUUCCCGCCCAUGCGUUCCUCAAGGCCCCUGUUUUCGAAACCGUUGUCAAGAUGGUUACCAUUAAGGGUAGCUACGUAGGUAACCGCCAGGAUGGCGUUGAGGCCAUUGAAUUCUACGAGCGUGGCUUGAUCAAGGCUCCUUUCAAGGUUGUUCCCCUGAAAGAACUGCCUGAUGUGUUCAAGCUCAUGGAGGAAAACAAGAUCGUUGGCCGCUACGUCCUCGAGAUUCCUGAAUAG